GACAUUUCAUUAAAAUCAGACAUGGCGCGCGUUAACAGGUCACCGCAGGUGUUAAAUUUUUUCAUUUAUUUCUGUUUUACAAUAUGCUGUUUAUCAAGUUAUGUGAAUGCAACUCGUGAAUUAGACGAAGAUAACUGGAGGGAAAUACUUCAAGGAGAAUGGAUGGUGGAAUUUUACGCCCCCUGGUGCCCGGCUUGCAACGCGCUAGCUCCUGCAUGGACAGAGCUGACCAACCGCGCGGCCCGCAAGAACCUCCCUAUGAAAACAGCUGCGGUCGAUGUCACCAAAUCCCCAGGACUUAGCGGACGAUUCGUUGUGACAGCCCUGCCUACUAUAUUCCAUGUGAAAGAUGGUGAAUUCCGUCAAUACAAGGGUCCUCGUGACGCGGAAGCUAUGCUGUCGUAUGUGGAACGCGCGCGUUGGCGCUCUGCUGACCCCCUUUCAGCUUGGAAGUCUCCGGAUUCCCUGCAGAUGAGUCUUGUGGCUCAUUUCUUCAAGCUCAGUCAGGCGCUCAGGAGUGUUCACACAAUGUUGAUGGAGACAUAUGGGUUACCGACUUGGGGCUCAUAUCUGAUAUUUGCUGUUGGGACUAUCUUCAUUGGAGCUUUACUUGGACUGAUGUUGGUGUGCAUAAUCGACCUGCUGUACCCGCCGCGGC